GUCGCAAUCAUGCCUCCCAAGCAAAAGUCCAAAGUCCAGCCGCUUUCGGAUCAGGAAAUCCAGCAAAGGUACACCGGCUUUCAAAAUGAGAUGCAGGCAUUGGCUGGCAAAAUUGGGGAACUUGAGCAAGAAGCAGACGAGCACAGUCUUGUCCUGACAACGCUGGACGAAGCCCUCCAAGAAGAGCCUGAUCGUAAAUGUUUCCGCUUAAUAGGUGGUGUCCUUGUAGAGCGGACGGUCAAGGACGUUGUCCCAGCUCUCCAGACUAAUCAAGAGGGGAUCAAGAAAGUUAUCGACAAUCUUGCCGAACAGUACAAGGCGAAGGAGCAGGAAUUUGACGCUUUCAAACGCGAUUACAACAUACGCCCUGUGGACCGAGCUUGAUGCACACAUCUGACCGUGUAGAAAUCCUCUACUUUGGUUUCCCUUCUCUGCAGCAUCGUGCUCCCCAACUGUCGUGCUUUCCACUUCGCCUAUCAGCGUCACGCCUUGGAAGCGCACCUUCAUGGGCGGAUGUAUCAGGCGUGAUGGUUAUCUCUUCGCUCACUGAUCCUAGGGUUGGAUAAUGAUUAACAAAAAUACUACGAUGUCGUAGCUGUAGGUCAGAUUAGAACCGUGUUUACUUUGUUUGCCGC